AUGCUGACGCUCUCUUCCACAGCCUCCAGCAUUUUAACGCAGCCACUACCACCCUCGAUACCUGAUCAUUCCCUGUCACCAGGAGACGCCAAUGAACGUCCAGAGCUCAUAGCGCAGAAUGGAACGAAUUACUCUGACAGUGAAAGUGAACUAUCCGAACCUACAGAACCUCUCGUUGCCGCCAGCUCGCUGCCCCAAGUCAAGGUCGACGACGAGGAUGAAAACAUGCAAGAUAUAGAUGAACCUAGCUCUGAUGAGCCAGAUGCUGAAGGUGAUGCGGAUUAUGAGAUGGACACUGGGAUGCAGGUCAACGGCGUGAGAUCCGAAGAAAACGACUCUUCCUCGGAUGAGUCCAUCAGACCCGCUAAGAGAAAGGCACCCCCAGUCGAGGAAGAUGAAGACAUUCGAAACAAUCCAGAGCUGUAUGGUCUGAGACGCAGCGGAAGGGCUCGUCAUGUCCCUAACAUGGCCGAAUCGGAUGCUGAGCAAGACUCGGAUUCUGACAUUGCUCCUCGGCCGCGGAAACGCCUCCGACAAGUUUCUCAGCGAUCCUCCAAACAGCACACACCCAUGAUCGAAACACCCUCGUUGUCUGAUGAUGAUUCUGAUGCCUACGGUGGCAAACGUGCGAAGCUCACCAAGAAGCAACGCCGACGACUCCUGCAGUCAGCCGACAACCUCACUCCUGCACACGCCGAAAUCCGCUUCUCCACCCGUCGCGCUGCGAAGGUUUCGUCUUACAAUGAAGAUGAGGAUGACGGAAUGUUUGACGAGGACGAUGCGGACACGAUGACGCCAAACUACUGGGUCAGCGAACAAGACAAUUCUCCUGCCAUUGACGCAGUACUGAAUCACCGUCUCAAAGCCGAUGUUACGACUCCAACGCGUACAAAGUUCGACUACGAGUUUCUCAUUAAGUGGCAGCUGAAGUCACACUAUCAUGCUACCUGGGAGACCCUCGAGUCCCUGAAGGAGGUCAGAAGUCUAAAACGACUGGAUAAUUAUAUCAAGAAACACUUGAUGGAAGAUAUCAGAAUCGUCAACGACCCCGACAUUGCACCCGAGGACAAGGAGAAGUGGUUCUUGUACAGAGAGGAGGUCGCAGAGGCUCUCGAAGAACACAAGAAAGUCGAAAGAGUGAUUGGCGACCGCGAAGGUGAAGAAGGCACAGAAUACUUUGUGAAGUGGAAAGGACUGCUGUAUAACGACGCCAGCUGGGAAUCGUCAACUCUGGUAAGCGAGAUUGCUCAGGCCGAGAUUGAUCGAUAUCUGGCGCGCAGACGUGAAGAUUUCAGAUCGAACGCGAGCGAGAGCAACCCUGGAACCCGACGAUCCUUCCUUCCCAUGAGAGAACAGCCGUCAUACAUCCAGAACGGAACGCUCAAGGAUUUUCAACUUCAGGGCCUGAAUUUCCUUGCCUUCAAUUGGUCACGUUCGAAGAAUGUUGUCCUUGCAGAUGAGAUGGGUCUAGGAAAAACUGUCCAGACUGUCGCCUUCAUGAGUUGGCUGAGACACGACCGCGGCCAACAAGGGCCUUUCAUAGUCGCCGUUCCCCUCUCUACCAUGCCUGCCUGGGCCGACACCUUUGACCAUUGGGCGCCUGACAUCAACUACGUGGUCUAUAAUGGACCACAAGCGGCCCGGAACAUCAUCAAGGACUACGAGUUAUUCCCUGAUGGAAAUGUUCGUCAUCCACGAUUCCACGUCCUCCUCACAACUUACGAGUUCGUCCUACAAGACGCUCCAUUUUUGAGCCAGAUAAAGUGGCAGUUCAUGGCUAUUGACGAAGCCCACCGUUUAAAGAACCGCGAGUCUCAACUAUACGAUCGCUUAAGGGAGUUCAAAGCCCCAGCACGACUCCUGAUCACCGGUACACCGGUUCAAAAUAACCUUGGAGAGCUGUCUGCGCUUUUCGACUUUCUGAAUCCUGGAGUCAUUAACAUUGACGAGAGUAUGGACUUGACCACAGAAGAAGCCAGUGCCAAGAUCGCCAAACUCACUGAGGAUAUCAAACCCUACAUGUUGCGACGUACAAAGAACAAGGUUGAAAAGGACCUACCACCCAAGACCGAAAAGAUCAUUCGGGUCGAAUUGUCCGAUAUUCAGCUCGAGUACUACAAGAACAUUCUUACCAAGAACUAUGCUGCUCUCAAUCAAGGAGCGAAAGGCCAGAAGCAGUCCCUGCUCAACAUCAUGAUGGAACUGAAGAAGGCUAGCAAUCAUCCCUUUAUGUUUCCGAGCGCAGAAGAACGACUGGUGCCCGAAGGCGCUAGAAAGGAUGAGGUCCUCCGAGCGCUCAUAACUAGCAGUGGUAAGAUGAUGUUGCUUGAUCAACUGCUUACCAAGCUCAAGCGUGAUGGCCAUCGUGUCUUGAUCUUCAGUCAAAUGGUUAGGAUGCUCGAUAUUCUCGGAGAUUAUAUGGACUACAGAGGUCAUGCCUACCAACGUCUUGAUGGUACUAUCGCGGCGGCCCCUCGUCGAAUUGCCAUUGAUCAUUUUAAUGCACCAGACAGCACAGACUUCUGUUUUCUCCUGUCCACAAGAGCAGGCGGUCUGGGUAUUAAUCUAAUGACUGCCGAUACCGUCAUCAUCUUCGACUCAGAUUGGAACCCUCAAGCUGAUCUGCAAGCCAUGGCUCGCGCUCACAGAAUCGGGCAGGUCAAGCCUGUUAGCGUGUACCGCUUGGUAUCAAAGGAGACAGUUGAGGAAGAGAUCUUGGAGCGUGCCAGAAACAAGCUGAUGCUUGAGUUUUUGACCAUCCAGCGUGGUGUCACUGACAAAGAGACCCAAGCACGACGCAGCGCCUUGGUUGGUGAACCUGGAAGCUCAAGUGAGAUCUCCAGAAUUCUCAAGAAACGUGGCCAAAAAAUGUUCGAACAGACGGACAACCAGAAAAAGCUUGAAGAACUUGACCUGGAUGCCGUACUCAACAACGCAGAAGAUUAUAAAGUGGAACAACCGGACGGCACUGAUGCCGAUGGUGGCGAAGAAUUCCUGCGCAGCUUCGACUUUGUCGAUGUCAAAGUUGAUGAAAUGUCUUGGGAUGAUAUAAUUCCCAAAGAGCAGCUCGAUGAGCUCAAGGCUGAAGAGCAGAGGAAGGCUGAUGAGAAAUACCUUGCUGAAGUCAUCGAACAGAAUAAACCUCGAGUGCGAAAUCGCGAUGCAGAGGAUCGCGAGGCUCGGAAAGCACGAAGACAAGAGCAGCGUCAGAAGGAGAUUGAUUCGGACAGUGAAUCCGACGAGGGUCCUAAAGCCGAUCCCGCACGCCCCUUAAGUGAACGAGAGUACCGAUACCUUAUCAAAGGCCACCUUCGCUACGGCUCAAUCGACGAUCGCCAGGAGGAGUUCUUGACUGAAGCUCGUCUACGAGGAAGGGAUAUCGACGUGGUCAAAGCUGCCAUGAAGGAAGUUUGGGACAAGUCGACCGAACUCUUCAAGGCAGAACAAGAACGCAUGGCUGAACUGGAGCGAACUGCGAAUCGCCCGAUUACCAAAAAGGACCGCAAAGCUGUCCUGUUUGAGCUCCAUGGCGUCAAGCGAAUUAAUGCAGAGACUAUACUCGAGCGUCCCAGUGAGAUGAGAUUGCUGCAUGAGGUGACCUCAAAGGAGCCUGAUUUCAAGUCGUUCCGCAUCCCCGAAGCCACAAAAAGUGCAGGAUAUACUUGUCCUUGGGGGGCGCGAGAAGAUGGCAUGCUCUGUGUUGGCAUUUCUCGACAUGGUUAUGGCGCUUGGGAAAAGAUUCGCGAUGACCCUGACCUUGGUUUGAAGGAUAAAUUCUUCCUUGAGGAACAUCGUGUCGACAAGAAAGCUGAGCGCGAGAGGCUCGAUGCUAAGAAUGCGAAAUCACCAGGUGCCGUUCAUCUCGUCAGACGUGCGGAUUAUCUGAUCUCUGUCCUGAAGAGCAAGUAUGGGGACGAUCCUGCCGCCAAAAGAGCUGUGGAGAACCAUCAUCGAAACAACAAGAAGCUACAAGCUGAAAGAGCUGCCAAUAUCGGCUCACCUGUGCCUGGCUCGCAUCGCAAGGUACACAGAGACUCUGAAAAGCCACGACAUCGCCAUAGUCAGGGCCACCGUGAUAGCUCUGAACGAUAUGGUACCCCACGAGCUGACAGCCGCCACGGCCACAGUCGACAUGAUAGCGAGCGCCGAGAUGAGAGAGAACGCCGGCACCGUGAUGAUCAUGGCCAUACUUCCCAUCACAACCGGCACGGAAGCGAACACCGCCGUAAUGAAAAUCCUGCUGGUGGCUCCUCCUCUGAUGUUGAUCCACUUAUGCAGGUCCUUUUCAAGCCUGUUCGAGAGAGCUUGAAGAAGAUCAAAGCAACCACUAAGAGCGCUAUCCCUGAUUCUCAGCAACGAGCGAAUGAAUUGAGAGUCCUGCUAAAGCAGAUUGGUAAUUUCAUAACCGAACAGAUCGCAGAUCUUGAUGACAGUCAUGAAUCCGUUGAGAAACGUUUCUGGGAUUACGCCGCCACUUAUUGGCCCAAUAAAGGUAUCAAGGGUCAAGAACUUCAGACUAUCCAUGGCAAGAUUGUGGCUUCAGACAAUAAGCUUGCUGGCGAGGCUUCACCAAAUGACGAGUCUAGCAACGUCGAAGGUCGGACCAAUGGUUCUUACCGUACCUCGCCGCCACAUUGA